GAGGUCUGGUGAGAGACAGGCAGCGCCCGCUUAUCACACGCGCACUCCUGCAAAACACCAGUCUUAAUCUAAGACCAGACCUUUAUUAACGUGGCGUCACUCCAAUUAAAGCAUCGCGGAACAACAUGAAUCUGCUCAUACUGGCGACUCUUUUCUCGAUGGUUUUGGCCGAAAAAUCACCUCGGCUGAAAUUCACCGUAACGGAGUCACCUCGGUUUCGCUUCAUGAAACCGGAGAACUACACAACGGUUUACCAUCUACAGGAAACUGAUGUCCUGUAUGUGGGGGGCCAAGGGGUCAUCUAUAAGCUCACCUUCAGUGAUAAAGGAGUGCAUGACACACAGAUCCAUGCGGUAAUGGAUGAGAAUGCAAAAGAGACGUGUGUCUCUAAAUCACCAGCAUGGAAGCAAGAGUGUGCUAAUUUCAUCACAGUAAUUGAGAGAGUUGGUGAUUCGUUCGUGGUGUGUGGGACAAGAGCAGGUGCUCCUAAAUGUUGGCUCCUGGUAAAUGACAGUGUAUUGACGGACAUGCCGGAGGAAACAGCAGCGUCUAACAUCUUGGCACCUUUCCCUUUUCAGCGCUCCAUCAGUCUGUCAGCAGAUGGGAAUCUGUACUCUGCUCUGUCAGCGGUUGCAGGACAUACUGGCUCUAUCCGUCGCACAUAUGGCUCCAAAAAGCAGCUGAAGACAGAGAAUAAAUGGUUACAGAAUCCCCAGUUUGCAGGAGCCGCUGUGAUACCACACACAGAGAAACUUAAAGAUGAGAUCUAUUUCUUCUUCAGUGAGGUCAACAGUACAGCCAGUCUAGAUGAAGAGCCAUACAGGGCUCGCAUAGGGCGAGUCUGCAUGGUUGAUGAGGGAGGGCUUCAGAACGUGCUGCCGAACUCCUGGACUACGUUCCUGAAGGCACGUGUGAUGUGUGGGAAAGCUGGAACUCCUGUACAGUACAACAACUUCAAGCAGGCUUUCGUUCUGUCCUCUCAUCAACGCACUGGGUUGAUAUACGGCAUCUUCUCCAAUGUUUGGAACACCACUGUAGUGUGUGCCUACUCCAUUGAAGACAUUGACCAAGCCUUUUCUACAUCCAAACUGAAGGGCUACAACUCACCUCUGUCAAUUCCCCGUCCUGGAACGUGUGCCUUUAGGAAUAACACUCAGGCUCAUACCCAAAAGAUCCUGACUGUGAUCAAGGAUCACCCUGAGAUUGAGGACAUGAUCAUCCCGGUCGACGAAGCUCCUCUAGACCUGCCAGUUCAAGACCACUUCACACAUAUUGUGGCAGACACAGUCUUGGCUGUCAAUGAUGAACACUACAGCAUCAUUUAUCUGGGCACAGGUACUGUGAAUUGCAGAGAAUUAGGCCUAUAUUUCCUGUCAUCCUGGGCUACAGCUCCAAAGGCACGUAGCACCAUUCCCAAACAGGUUUUAGUGGAUAAAGAUGGACCUGUCCUGCUACCGUGCCCCGUGCGCUCCUACCAUGCCACUUACCGCUGGGAGAAAGACAACUGCAUCAAGCAAUAUCCUUGCACCAUCUCCGGCUCCUCCUGUGUGCUGGCGCCCACCCCUGACCUGCCUCUGAAGGAGGGCGUGUUCCGCUGCAUGGUGGAGGAGAGCGGCCUGCAGCAAGAGGUGGUGUCCUACAAGCUGGUGUUCAACAGUGGGCCCCUCUCCACCUCGCUAGCCUCCACCCUGGGGUCGACUCUGCUGCUGGCUGCCACGGCACACUGGCUCCUGUAGAUCCAAUGAAUCCUGGGGGCUCAAAAGGAAACAAGUUUAAUACUAAGGUCAGCAGAGCAUGAGUACCUAGGCCGGUCCGACUAAACCCCAGGGGAGCAGCUGGUCUCUGUAUAAACUGUGUUUCUUGUUUCUUAUUCAGAGCAAUCACAAGUUUAUUCUUUUCUUUAAAGGGCCGAGAAAAUGCCUGAAAUCAUCUCAUACCAAACUUCAGUGUUAUGUAAAACUUAUGUAAGUGAACUAUUUCAUGCCAUCAGCCUGAAAGCAUUUAGACUUAUAUACGGUAUAUUCAAUAUCUAAUACAUGAGAUUUGUACUGCAUUAUACAUUGCUUGCAAAAUGUUAGAGCCAUCAUUCAGAUGUUUCAGAGGACUGCUUUGCUAACUACACUCAGACAUGGAAUCCAGAUUAGUUCUUGGUUAAUUUUCUUAGCAACACCACUUUUCAGAAAGGUUCAGUUACAUAAGUUAAGAAUAGGGUAUCAUGAACUAACUAUGAAGAAUUUUUACAGCAUUUAUCAACCAGGGUUAAUGUAUUAUUAUUUAAUAUUCUAUUAUUCAUUGUCAAUUCAUGUUUGUUCACAAUACAUUAACUAGACAGACUGCACACUAUAUAAAGGUGAAAAAAGUAAAACAACAUUUCUUAAUUUAAACAACUUGAGAUGCUAAAAUGCAUUAGUGUAUGCAGAAAUUAAAAUUGUAUUCAUUUAUGCGGUUCAUUUUUAGUUCAUGUUACCUAAUGAUUUAACCAAAUUGAACCUUAUUUUAAAGUGUUACUCUUUCGUUGGUAUGUAGAAUUGCUACAGAUGUGUUAGAUGUGCGAGUACAUGCUGAAACAUGAAUAUAUUGUUACAAAUCCUUCGACUUUUCCAUUGUGUGCCAUUAGGACAUUUCUGAAGCCUUAAAACAAGGAUGAGUCCCUUUUAAGCUUUAAGGGUCACAUCCUAAGCACAACUUGCAAACUGAGCAGAACCUGCAGAAUCUGCUGGCUUUGUCUUUCCAUUGAGUCAAUCCGACCUGACGCAGAAUGUUAUUUCAACAUGAUUUCAGGAGUACAUACAGCUGACAUACAGUUUGCGCCUGUUUGGCAAGUUUGAAAUCACUCACCAACCACAUUUAGAAUUGUGAACUGAAAAACAAAUCCAUACAAAACUGACACAGAUUCGACUGCUUUUGCUCAGUGGAUGGACAGGAAGAAUAACCAGAAUUCAUAAUAACCAGAUUUUACAGUUUAUCUCAGUACAUCACUGUGUUUAACAAACAGACAUAAACACUCUUGCAUCCUUGAUGCCUGUACUUUUCAUGCUCAUGAAAUACAUUUUUACAUUUCGCGGUCAAUAAGCUUCAGUACAUGUAACAUGGAGUUGCAUUUUGUAGUCGCAGUGUACAGAGGCUUAAUUAUGCUGUAGUUUUAAUUGUAAUGCUCUGCUUAUGCUGUUCUUCACCAUUGCUGCCUAUGGGAAUAGGAAGUAUUCCUGAUGGCUCUAAACAGUCAUCCUGCACUAAGGUGCUCAGAGUGUAAAUCUGUCUGUAUUUGACUUCAUAACAUUUAAUUUGAUCAUGACUUCAGCCAAUCAAACUUUUGGGUGGUUAUCUUAUACACAUUACAAAAAGGAACAAAUAAAAACGCUCAUACAAGAACAUUCUAGCACACUUCUAAUCAUCAUCUGCACCUCUAACACACACCCCACCACUAUUUCUGUUUUUGUCCCUCUUUCUCACUCAGAGCAACUGACCCCAAAUGCCAAUUUUGUCUUUAACCUUGUUCUUUCCUCACUAUAUUUUGGGAGCAGGACAAUGGUGUAAUGAAGGAAUUGAUCACUAAUUAACCAGAAGUGCAUUGUGUUUUCAGAUGAUGGAUGUUGUGACUUUGUUUUUGUAUUUAGUUAUGUAGUUUUGUCUUGUGUCGCUCUGUUUCUUGCUCUGCUGUUGACAUAAUCUGCUAAUCCUAAACUAAAAGGAGCCGGGGUUUUUUUUUUUUACCUCAGUUUGAAUCUCUGGGUUGACGUUUGGGCAAACCUAAGUGUCAUAAAUGAAAGCCAUGUAAAUAGUCCAGGGACUGACUGCAGUGUUGCUUUACACAUUAGUGCAUUAGCUAUAUAUGCUAGUGUGUGCUAACCUUCUGUUUGCAUGCAUGCUGAAUGCCACAGCACUGUCACCCUCUCUGUGUACUCGUACCUCUGUCUCUUGGCCUAAUGUGCUACACUGCACUAAAUGAAGGAACGUUGUAGUGCCAAACCAAUGUUGUGUCAUUUUCGUCAAAGAGCUUUUCUAACUUUUCCACUGUGCUUCGAAGCCAAACGUUGACCUUUCUUGACACACAUAUAGCAGUAUCUAGAUAUACACACACGACACACACACACACUCUAAAAUACUUCUGGCAGUGUAAGUGACACAGGGCCCUUCAAUGUAGAUGACACAAGGUAACAACUGUUACAUGUUAUGUUUUAAAAUAUUUUUCUUUUACUCUGUAACUGCUGUUUAAGGCCAUUGUGUUUUUAUUGUCUGUCUGUCAUUUGCUAUGCCUUGUGUUUUUUCGCCCGAGACUUGUGGCAGGGAGUGUUUUCUCAAGUAGGGACGCUCAGCACGGUUUACUGCUCAAAAGCAUCUUGCAGUUGUGUAAGCUUGCACUUAAUAAAUCAUAUUUAUAACUGGUUACCAAAAGUCAUAGCAAUUUUUUUCUAAAGGGAUUGAAGACAUUGUAAAAUACAGAAACAUAUAAUUAUACAUUAAAUGUUUCCCUGAAA